UUCCUUCAAGUAUCAGGAAAUGUUCCAAACUGGCUUGCCACGGAUCAGAUCUGAUUGGACGAGACCGUCGAGGCCCCUCCCCAAGUUUCAGCGCUCGUGUUCCAAAAGAGUGGAAGAUUGUUCCAUGGAAUGGGUUACUCGGCAGUGGUUUGGAAAUCCUCGUGGAACGUCAUUGAAAGAAGAGAAGCUAACACUGUUUUGGUUUAUGGAAGACUUGCCCCGCUUAACUUGUCGUGGCAGCAAUGCAAAGUGCCUCCGAUUUUAAAGACAAUUUCCACUAUUGUCGAUCUGAUUCGCCGUUUAUCACAUAUCCAUAUCCUCUGGUCAAAAGUGAAGAUUCUAAUCGGAAUAAAAUGAAACCCAAUCAGGUGGGUACAGUUUACCUUUAUGGGAUUCGUAUCGUGUCUCUUUCCAUGGACGGCAAAGAGCGAUUGUGUUUGGCUCAGAUAUCCAACACUUUACUCAAGGAAUACUCAUACAAUGAAAUCCAUAACCGUCGAGUGGCAUUAGGCAUCACAUGCGUCCAAUGUACACCUGUCCAGUUGGAGAUCUUACGACGAGCUGGGGCCAUGCCAAUUUCGUCUCGGAGAUGCGGAAUGAUCACCAAAAGAGAGGCUGAGAGGCUCUGCAAGAGUUUCUUGGGGGAUAAUUCCCCGCCCAAGCUACCCGAAAAUUUCGCUUUCGAGGUUUUCCAUGAGUGUGCGUGGGGUUGUCGAGGUCAAUUUGUCCCCGCCAGAUACAACUCGUCCCGAGCCAAGUGCAUCAAAUGUCACAUCUGUGGCGUGUUCUUCUCGCCCAAUAAGUUCGUGUUCCAUUCCCAUCGUUUGGCAGAGAGCGACAAGUACGUGCAACCCGAUGCCGCCAACUUCAACUCUUGGCGGAGACAUACUAAACUCCUUGGAGAUCCACCAGAGGAAAUUGUUUAUGCUUGGGAGGACAUUAAGGCCAUGUUUAAUGGAGGUACAAGAAAGAGGAUGCUGUCGAGUGGGUCUCACAUGGGACAUGGAUCAACAAGUUCCUCGUCCAUAAUUGAUCACUCUCGCCACCACAACAACUUUGCCAAGGAAAUGAAGUUGGAAUCUGAGUUCAAGCAGAAGAACGCCAUUGCUGACAAUCCGGGUGGCAACCCUUUUCAGCCGUCAGAUUUGGGGCUCUUUGGCACCCCUGUUCCUCCUCCUUUCCCGUAUUUCCCGCCUUUUCCUACAUUGGACUCGAUUGGCCUCGUGAAUGGAGUAGGCGGUUUCCCAAAUACGGACAACAAAGCCAAAGCCAAUGAGGUCAAAACCUCAGGAUCUGAAGUGGUCUGGCCACCCCAUGGAGGUCCUUCCAGACCAGCAUACCCUGGAAGUUGGUCUCCAUUUCCAUAUCCCUUUUUAUGGUCAAAAAAUCCGUUCCUAACUCACGGACAGCCAACACACUUUGAAGAGAAAGUUGGACACAAAUCGGAAGAAUCAGCUUUUGAUUUGAACCAUUGGUUAGAGCAACGAAGGCAUCUUUCUGACGAGCUUGGAAUGUCACGAUCAGUGGCCGUGGCCGUAGCCGCAGCCGCAUCAGCGGCCUGUGUUGGAAACUGGUUGUGCGGAAGUUUCUACUACUGUGGAUCGAGAUGAUCCAAUUCUGAUCGAGAGGGAAACGAAUAACAAUCACAAGCGCAGGAGCUUCGCAAAUGCUUCAGACUCUUCCAACUCCGGAGGGAUUCCCACGGAUCAUGAUUUGGACACGACUUCAUUUCAAGACGAACCUGACAUUAUCGAGGUCAACGAUGAGCCACCAAUGGCAUCACUUAUCAGCAAACCCAAGUCGGAGCCUCAGGAUUUUUCCAUCGUCAAGAUCGUUUCCAACUGAAGAGACUCAUUCCCAUCUUAAUGUUCCAGCUAUUAGUGCAAUCCUAAUUCAUGUUAUCGAUAUCAAAGAUCACGAAUAAAGUUGUCAAACCAUUCGCAUUCUUCCCUUGUGUUCUAGCUAACACAUGCAGGACUCAUGUCAGAGGAUCUCCCUUGAGACCUGGAACUGAACAGAUGUCUCUUGUCAUUCCACCACUUUUAUUCCUGUCCUUGAGCCCUCAACAGUACUCAACUACGUGACUUGGGGUAAUCAUCUGCCUUCCUUCUGUCUGUCCCGACUCCACUAUUCUAAACUAGGU